AGCUUCUGUGGCCCAAAUCCGAAUGUCAUUCUCUGAUAUGGUUGUUGGGUCGUCGCCCGGCGUAAAACCUUUUCAAACUCCAAAUUAUUACAUUCCAAAGUGCGAUAAGCUUGAAAAAGUAAGAGCACAAAGAUAAUAACGUGACGAAAUAAUGGAUGGCAAGAAAACAAUUCCAAACAAUUGGACAAAUUGUUUGCGCUUGACUUAGUCGCAAAGCUAUUACAUCAUGACCGAUACGGCACAGCUUUGAUAAGAAAUGCCCCAUCGGCUGCAAAAGCGCCAAAAGAACACAUGCUCAUCAUGACUUUGAAAAAUGUCGAAGAUCCUACUGCCCCCGUUAUGCCUCGACUUGCCACCAGUAAAUUUGUGGUCAAAUUCGUUGAACAGAAGUGUAAAAAGAAGGCAAUUUGUAAAAUGAGUGGACACAUUAGAACGCCAUUCGUUAAUUAAGAGACAACCGACGACAGAUAAGGAAAGAAUGAACCCCGUUGUGAAACGAAUAGCAUUUGGUAACGCGCUCCGUACAUGCGCUGUCUAAGCUAUUCAACCGGGAGAAACAUCUGUCGCAAAGACCAAACACGAACAACAAAAUAUGGGCGUCUAGAAAUAGACUUGGGCAUUUCAGCCCUCGAUCCGCUACACGCACAUUAAAAAACACCUUCGAGAUUUAGAUAUAUUUGCCGCUAGUCUGUCAUUUUAUUCUUUAUACAUUUUUCCCCCCGUCACGAAGUCAAGUAUUCUCCUUCGAAAAAAAAACAUCUACCGUUCAUUCUCAUUAAUUCAAAUCGUUCGUACGCAUACGCGGCAGACGGAACACGGAAGGGAAACCGUACAAUAUGCAUCAGCGAUAAUUUCGUUGAGUUCACACUUCUUAAAGAAAAAGGGCAAAACAUUGGUCGUCUUUUUCCUCUUGAAACACUAAUCGAAAAUCAAAAUGAACAUGUUUCACCAUCAGGUAAAACGCUGGUCUACCGCGACAUUGCGGUUUCAUUAGAAAGGAGUGUAGAAAGAACACGAAAAAAAAAGACCAAAAAACAAAAACACAGAACUUCCAUUUGCUGUCAUUCCUCUUUCGAUUUAAAGCGUAAAUUUACACUCGUGAGAAAAGCCCACCAACGUCAUGCGGUUUUUUUUUUACUAAAAUAGUCUCGAUUGUUUCACGCGGAAGCCAGAGAUUUAUUUGGUAACACUGCAGUGACACUUGGCCGACUUGAGCGUUUUGAACAAACAGACACUGAGCGAAGAAAAGCUGCCGCGCUGAUAACACGUGUAUAGUUGGCGGACGAUAAACGAGGACGACAACAUGCCUUGCUCCGUUAUAAUUGUAAAAACGAACAAGCGUCUACCGUAAUAAGAUGAAGUAACAGCGUGAUCCGCUACUUGACCCAAUGGCGUUGCACCUCGGGGUGUCCCUUCAACAGGAGUACGUGAAAAAAAAUCAAACAUAAGCAUCUUUCAUUCUUUCGAACAAAAGAGCUGAAGUUACGGUUAAGAGCCUUUACGCUGAUAGACACGCGGAGCAUCAGGUAUUUUCCCAAGUCAGCAGUCACGUUGGUGGAUGCAGAAUUUUUAUUUCCUUCCCUGAAGGCUAGAAAGAACGUCUCAGGAAUGUAUACCAGUUGAAAUCUAAACUUAUUGAUUAAGCUUGAAAUUCCACCGAUGAUUGCUCCUCUUCCGGCACUGGAAUUUCCCGACCCUACAGUAAUUCGCAGUAAUUAAUGGAACGAAAAAAUUGACCGUCAUUCAAUGAAAAAGAAGACACUAUAAGCCAGAUGCAAGACGAAUGAGACUCGGAAAAUAUGUCAUUUGCAACAAGAUGUCGUACACUGCUGUUAAACGGCAUCACGGAACAUUUAAUUGUGUACCUAGUUGUGUGCCGACUGACUAUAAAUGUGCAAAAAGGAAAGAAAGAAAUUUAAAAAAACACAUAUGGGGCUCGAGUGCUUGGCACUGUAGGUAAUAGUACCGUUGCGCUCUGCUAGUCGCCCGUAUGUGUAUAGCGGAACACGAGCACAUCAUCCCCCCAAAAAAAUAAGAAGCCAGCGUCCGCCGGAGUCCGGAUCAGUUCUGUCGCUGAAUCGGACCUGACCGCUCCACAACAAGAUGGUGGGCCUAGGAAACGCUUAAAGUUCUACCAACGGGGGAAAAAGAGUGUUUGUGUCUGUGUUUGUGUCAUCUAAAUUUUUUAUAGGAAAGAGAACUGUGUGAAUGAAGAGCCCUAGACAGAACGCUUACGUUCCGGGCGUCCGGAAUAAUUAUCACGGACGGCACACCUUGGAGCGCAUAUAUCGCCGGAUUGCUGCAUCCAACGUCGUUGGGACUUUGACAUCACGGGUGGCCAAGAAAAGCCAUGGGAGUCGAAGGAGUAGCCAAGCAGGGAGUAGAGGUGCUCGGUCAGCAGCCAGUUCGAUCCAUCAGGACCAUCCGCAAGGUGGAGUUUUACAGAAACGAAGCCAUCAUCUGUCACAACAGCGACUGGAAAGGGCGAGGUCUCGGAGAAAAGCCAGAGAACGACAGCUUCAAAAAGUUUGGGAGAACGACGAGUUAUCCUCUGGAUCGGAAGAAGUGUUGAGGAACUCAAACGACUCACUGAACACUCCAUCAGUGAGCGAAGAGAUAAGUACCGAUGACUCUCUUGGGCAUUUAAACAUGAGCGGACACGGGAAAUCCAGAAAAUCCAGCCACAAGGAGGCACCUCAACAUGGUUGUCUGCCAACUGGUUACAUGCCACAACUCAUGUGUACGGCAAUACUCUCAUUGGGUAAUUUGAAUAUCGGCUUCAUUUUGGCAUAUCACAGCCUGGCGCCUGCCAACCAUCUGCCGCCCAACAGUCCCAAUUGGGCUGCACCUUGGAUCUUGAAUCUCUUCAAUUUGGGGGGAUUGUUAGGCGCCUUACUUUCUUCACUAGCCUUAAAUAAAGGCAGGAAAAGGCCGUUGAUGGUUACCGUCUUGAUUCUGAUAGUCUCGUGGCUGCUGGUUAUUUUAUCUCAGAACUCUUCAAUGAUCUUCGGCGCCCGUCUUAUCGGAGGGAUCGCUGCGGGAAUCAUAACGGUGGUCAAUCAAAUUUAUAUCGCCGAACUGGCCUCUCCUCGACACCGUGGAAGUCUGGGCGUCUUGCCCACCUGUUUCGGACUUGUUGGUACACUCAUCUGCUUCGGCUUGUCAUACGCCGUUUCUUGGCGAGACAUUUCCAUCACCGGAGUCGCACUUACCGGCCCUUACCUCCUUCUGUUGCUCUUCUACCUGCCCGACUCGCCGCGCUACCUGCUGAGGCAAGGGAAAAUCCCUUCAGCGGCUGCCGGCCUUAAACGUCUCGGUGUAAAGGACCAACUGUCCGACAUGCGCGAUGGUUACGAUCUACUCAAACUGAGCGGCCAUGACGGCGGUUUGUUGAAGAAACCCUUCAUGUUACCCGUCACCAUUGCCGGUGGUCUGAUGUUCUUCAGCCAAUUUUCGGGAGUCGAUAGCGUCUUGACUUAUGCGGCCGAACGGUUCCGCGACCAGUCCAACUUCCCCAUGGUGGUCCUCUACGGCGUUCAAUUGAUCACGGGGCUCAUCUGUUUCGGUACCGUGGACCGUAAAGGCCGCAAAUGGUUGCUGCUGGUGUCGGCGGCCACUUCGGCCCUAUCUAUGCUUUCGCUCGGCUUGUACGUCCUGUGCGAGGAUAUCGGCGUACUGGGCCAAACCGACUUGCGCUGGAUUCCCGUCAGUUGCGUGAUUGUCUAUUGCGGAGCAUUCGCACUCGGACUCGGGCCGAUUCCGUGGCUCAUUCUUGGCGAAUUGUUACCAAUCAGAAGCCAAGGAACCGCAGCGGCCAUUACGGCUGGCCUCUUUUGGGGCCCUUCGUUAGUGGUUACGAUGAGUUUCGGCGACAUGCAGAACGCCAUGUACUUGUCGGGAACUUUCUGGUUUUACACGAUUUUCUGUCUGUUUGGCUACCUGUUUGUUCUCCUGGUGGUGCCCGAUAUCCGGCCGGAGGCGACGCUGGAACAAAUCCAAAUCUUCUUCAUGACAAGCGACAAAAGAGAACACGAUCAGUGGAGUUUUGCCGUCGCCUGAAGCGUUCGCGACAUGCACCGAAAUUGCUUAAUAACCCACCUUCAAUCCUAGCUGUUAUCUAGCAAGGACGGCGGUUAAUAUUAAAGAAAAGCAACUACGAUCAACCCCGGAAGACACAGCCAGCAAUUGAUAUGUAACCGGUAUACCUAAUACCGUAUGCGCAAGCAUAAAAGGAAUUAUCACCACAAUACGUCUCCGUACCUCACAUAAUCCCUCCUACAAUAAUCACAUCGUUGUAAUAUCGUAACGAAUAAAUAUUAUACUGUGCCAGAUGGUGAGCUGUACAUGACACAGACGCUGUAAUAUAAUAAAAAAAAGAUGCUUAUUAAAAAAUAUAUUGUUUAAAAAUACCGCUGCUCCUUUAGUGCGUACACCAUAAAAAGAGACAGUCUGUCGAUUUGGGCUGGCGGAGACAAGAAGGUUAGAGCUACCAUCGAUUGUUAGAUUGUACAACAGGUCUAUUAAACAUCGGCGCUUUUGUGGAGACAUUCCGUUUUCUCC